AUGCCCUCGUUCCUGACCCAAGACAACCCGACAGUCUUUUCCAACGGCUCCUUCAUCAGUCUUGAGCACGGCCACGAGCACGACCACGACCAGUACGGCCACAGCUUUGCCGCUGCAAAGGGCCUGGCGAAUGAGGCAUCCAUAACCGACGCCCGGUCCUACGCCGUCCAUGAGCGCUUCGACGAGAGCUCGACUCUGUCCACGCGCGACUCGGACGUUUCGGACUCGCCCAUGCCCUUGAACGAACUCGACCAGUGCUGGCGAGACGACGGCAGCGCCAACGGAACACGACCGACGAGCAUGAGCUCUCUCUCCAACGGCAAGAGUCUGGCUGGGGGCUAUGAAGCACAAGAGUAUGGCGACGCCAGCCACGCGCUGGCCAAUGGAACCGCCUUUUCUCUCCCCCAUCGCACCGUGCCACAGGAACACCUCUAUGCAGGUGCCGCGGCCGAUCUGGCCCGUAAGCCAGCCGCGUUAACGUCGUCCAGCAAUCAGAGGGCAUCGACGAGGAGCGUCCAAGACGAUGUCUUGACCACCGUGACCCGGCCAACACCGCCCCCCACAGAUGCCGAGUCACACAGCCCGCCUCAGCCUUGGACGCCGUCGCCGAUGGCUUCUGACCUCGCCCUGCCGCAGCAUACUACCAACGGCACUCCCCAUCGCUUUUCAUCUCCCGCAUCCUACCAGCCUGCCGGCUCCAGCUCGGCACCCUCUUUGUCUGCUCAUCUACAGCCCGGGCCCAGCAUGGGCGUCAAGCAGAGACACACCCUCGAGGUGCCCAAGCCUGCGCCGGGAAGAACGUCAAAGGACGGCCUCGACACCGCUCAAGCCAGCGGUCGCUUUUCACCAACAAUCGCCAGCCCUCCAGCACCAGGCCGUGCAGCUUCUUUCAACUUGGCUCGACGAACGACGCGGUCUAUGCAGUCGGAUGCUCCUCGCGACGAGAUUGUACCUGACGAAGACGCCAUGCGAUGGGCCGAGAUGUAUCGACAGAAGCGAGCUAGCAAACGGAGACGGAAGGAAGAGGAGGACGAUGACCGAGUGUUGGUUGGCACCAAGGUUGACGAGACCCAUGCCAACUGGGUAACGGCCUACAACAUGUUGACGGGCAUCCGUGUAUCUGUCUCGAGGACGAAUGCAAAGUUGGACCGCGAGUUGACCGAUGCGGACUUUAAUGUUAAGCAAAAGUCUACGUUCGACAUGUAUGUCAAUUCUCUCCCCAACCUUUCAAUCUUUCAUGAUCAUUCAUGCUUGACCCCAACCCCCCUAAAGCCUUCUGAUGAUGCUAAUAUUCUCCCUCUCAACAGUACCGGUAACGAACUUGUCCCUUCGGCCAAGUACGACUUCAAGUUUAAAGACUAUGCCCCUUGGGUCUUCCGCCACCUGCGAAAUGCUUUCCGUCUGGACCCUGCUGAUUAUCUCAUGUCCCUGACGGGCAAAUAUAUACUCUCGGAGCUGGGCUCCCCGGGUAAGAGCGGCAGCUUUUUUUACUUUUCUAGAGAUUACAAGUACAUCAUCAAGACCAUUCACCACGCCGAGCAUAAGUUUCUACGCAAGAUCCUCAGAGAAUACUAUAAGCACGUCACCGAGAAUCCCAACACUCUACUCUCCCAGUUUUACGGCCUUCACCGGGUCAAGAUGCCUUAUGGAAAGAAAAUCCACUUCGUCGUCAUGAACAAUUUAUUCCCCCCACACCGAGACGUGCACACCACCUUUGAUCUUAAAGGUUCGACUAUUGGCCGAGACUACAGAGAGGAGGACUUGGCAAAGAAUCCACGCGCGACCCUCAAGGACCUGAACUGGCUUCGACGGAAACAGAACUUGGAGCUAGGUAUGCAGAAGAAGAAGCUGUUCCUUGAGCAGCUCCAACGAGACGUGGCCCUCCUCAAGAAACUCCACAUCAUGGACUACUCGUUGCUGGUUGGCAUCCACGACCUUUCCCGCGGAAACGAUGAAAAUCUUCGUGGAAAGACGCUGCAAGUAUUCAACCCAGGUGGCGAGAAGAGCCCUGAAGACGACCUUCAGGCUUCUCUUCUUCGAACCCCAUCGAAGCUGGAAAAUUAUCGUAAAGCCAAGGAGCUACGUCAAAUGGUCCAGAAGGAACGCCCAGUACCCAUGGGCCAAGCCAAUGACCAGAUGCCUGAUGAGGCGGCAGAGGAUCGUCGAGGGCUCCUUUUCAACCAGGAUGAUGGUGGUUUCAGAGCCACCCACGAAGACAAUGAGCCAGCAGAGGAGAUUUACUAUCUUGGUGUUAUUGAUUGUCUCACUCACUACGGAAUGAUCAAGAAGAUUGAGCAUUUCUGGAAAGGUCUCUCAAACGACAAGAGCAAAAUUUCAGCUCUGCCACCUGACCAAUACGGUGAUCGCUUCUACCAUUUCAUCCAAGGCAACACCAUGUCCGCCGAGGAAGCAAAGCGGGAACGUGCACGCAGAGACCAAGAACUUGUGCUUCAGGCACAGAAACAGGAAAGGUCGAGGCAGAGCACUAUUCCUCCCAUGCCGAUGCACGAGCCGCCUGCUCCUCCUGUCGGAAUCCAGCCCAAUGGGCGAGCGUCGUUGAAGGGAUCACCCGAGGGGCACAUCCCAGAGCGAAUCUUGAAAACCAGUGCGACGGCGCCAGGCGCAAGAGAUUCACAGCACGAGGCUAUUCUACCCGUGGUAGAAGAAGCCGGAGAAAGCAGCAAAGACGAAACGGAACGAUGGGUUCAUUCGACAUCUUGGAAUGACACGCCAGAGCCGAGCCGGGCGCCUCCACCAACACCACCUGCCCACGAACAAACUUUCCUUAAGCCCGAUAGCUCUGACAGUGGUUAUGGUGACAACAGCAAUGGAACUGUGAGCAGAGACAAUUCGCUCAAAGUAGCCCGACCGGUUAGCCGAGGAAGUAUAAACAAGGUUUUACCACCACUCCCCAAGAAGGAGAAUGCCCAAGAAGGUGGAAUUAGAAUGGUCAUGUAG